AUGCCCCACCAUCGCUCACCUCAUUUUCAUUUCCCGUCCCUGCCGUCCCCCGCCCUUGCCCACCUUCCUCACAAAUCUCCACCGACUCACCAUGACUACUGCCUUCGCCGCCGCCGCCCCUCUCUCUGCUGCGCGUCCAUCGACGGCCGCCUUCACUCCCUCGGUCUCCCGCCCUCUCCCUCGCCCGGCCGCCGCCACCGUCACCAUGCGUUCGCGUCGCGACCUCAAGAAGGAGAAGAGCCUGCGCAAUCUCGAGUUUGCCCGCGCCCAUCGAAAGCGCGUCAUCAAGCGUUACAAUCGCCGCGCGGCUCAGGAGGCCAUCAGCAACGAGGACAACGAGUACCUCUCCUCCAUCUACGGCACCAUGCGCUUCGGCUCGGACAACAACGAUAA